UAACCAAAAAGAUACUCUCUUCGAAAGGUCUUGAAAUCGAAAACCCUCUAGAAAACAAUGCUUUUUAGUGUGUUUCUAGCAUUAUUUCUUCCAUGUGUUGGCAUGAGUGUUGUUUUUGUGGUGUACAUGUGUUUUCUUUGUUAUGCCACAACAACAAGGCAACAACAACAUCAUAUUAAUCAAGAACAUAUAAAGGGUGUUAAAGAAAAGGGACUUUCUUUAACACAAUUGGAUAAAUUGCCUAAAGUUAGUGGACAAGAAUUGGUUAUGGGAAAUGAUUGUGCUGUUUGUUUGGAUGAAAUUGAGAAAGAACAAGUGGCAAGAAUUGUACCAGGUUGUAAUCAUGGUUUCCAUAUUGAAUGUGCUGAUACUUGGUUGGCCAAACAUCCUGUUUGUCCUGUUUGUAGAAGUAAACUUGAGACAGAGUUGUUUGAUACUACCAAUGAAAACAAUCCUUGCUAAUGGGGAUUGAUAUCAGGAAUCGAACCCUCACCAGCAAG